AAUUGGAAAUUGUGCCAUAAUAAUUGCCAUCCACUGUAUUUAACUGAUGAAGAAAAGAAUAAAUUUAUUGAUCUUGCAGAAAGAAUGCAAGCAGGUUUUCCAACAUUAUUUUUAAAAGAUUUUAAAUACACAGCUACCCAACUUAUAGAAUGCAACGCAAAAUCCUUUGCUGGGUUAUUUGGUCAAUAUCAAAUUAAAAUAGAUGAAAAUUCAGAAACAUGUAAAGAAAGAGAUUUAUUUUUAAAAAGUGAAAUUUUUAAAUUAUAUAAAAACUUCAGCUGUGAAAUACAAGGACUAAGCACACUUUUAUUAUAUCAAGAAAACUCGAUUCACAUACAAGGUUGCCCAUUGGAACCAUUAUGUCCAUUAUUAUUGAUGAAAAAGAUUUUUCCUGGCACAAAACAAAAGUUAUUGUGA